GCCGGGCUGUGCUGUGCUGCGUUGCCGGGCGGGCGGCAGGUUGCUGGCGGCGAGCAUGGCUGUGGCGGGCAGGGUGCUGGUGUACGGCGGUAGAGGGGCCCUGGGGUCCCAGUGCGUGCAGUACUUCAAAUCCAGGAACUGGUGGGUCGCCAGCAUCGACCUGUCCGAGAACGAGGAGGCCAGCGCCAGCGUGGUGGUGAGAGCCGCAGAGUCCUUCACCGAGCAGGCCGAGCAGGUGACAGCAGAGAUUGGAAAGCUGCUUGGUGAAGAGAAGGUGGAUGCGAUCUUAUGCGUAGCAGGAGGAUGGGCUGGAGGCAGUGCCAAAGCUAAAUCUUUGUACAAAAACUGUGAUCUGAUGUGGAAACAAAGUGUUUGGACAUCCACUAUUUCCAGUCACCUAGCCACAAAACAUCUGAAAGAAGGAGGUCUCUUGACUUUGACAGGAGCUCAAGCUGCUUUAUCUGGAACUCCAGGGAUGGUUGGCUAUGGCAUGGCUAAAGGAGCAGUGCACCAGCUGUGUCAGAGUUUGGCUGGUGCCAAUAGCGGUUUGCCAUCUGGCUCUGCUGCUGUUGCUAUUUUACCAGUUACCUUGGAUACACCAGCGAACAGGAAAUCAAUGCCUGAUGCAGAUUUCAGCUCUUGGACAUCCUUAGAAUUCAUUGCUGAAACCUUUUAUGACUGGAUAACAGGAAAGAAUCGACCGAACUCAGGGAGUCUAAUCCAGGUGAUAACUGCCAAAGGGAAGACUGAACUCGUUCCAGCACAUCUUUGAUGUCGGAUGCUUAAGACUGGAACUUCAGCAAAGGAGAAGCUAUGGAAAGUCUGUCUGCCAGCAUAAUUUGAGUGCUCAUGUGUAUCCAGUGAUUGUAACGAUGUCAUUAUUGGAAUCAAAUUUCAAGUAAUAUUUCUGUGCUGUCCAUUGUGAGCUAUCUGUGCUUAUUUACCAGAAAGUAUCAAGCAUUUGUCUCUAAAUUGAAGCUGCAGGCUUUGGAGUCUGUAGAUGUCCCAAAUCCUGAGCAUUAUAUGGUCAUUUCUCUGAAAUGGGAAUUGCAUUAAUGUUGUGUGAUCUCAUAUGUAAUGUUGGUUACUUUUCUCAGUCAGUGUUUCUAGCAAUUUACCGUGAAUCUGUCAGUUGUCUUUUCUUUCUCUGUCUGGGAAUAUAGCUCUACCCCUGCUACUAUGUUGGCUGCAGUUAUAGGAAACACUGUGAUCGUAUGUCCUAGUCUUCUAACACUUUUCUUCUGUAUGUUCUGCUGGAGUUAGUGGAACUCUAUAGGGAUUAGUAACUUGAGGAGUUCCUAAUUUGCCUUACAGUGUAUAAACUGCUGUCAGGCCUACAGUUGUAGGAUGAAACAGCAGUUUUGCCAAACGCCUUUGUGUUAGUACAUAAAUACUAGGAAAAAGUGUACACUUCUAUUUGAACAUGAAUAUUUUGUGCUAAAUAAAUAUAUAUUGUUUUACAUAUUGAACUGUAAUCCAAACAUUUGUAAUAUUUUGUUAGCUGAAUUUACAGUUCAGAAAUGGCAAAAGAAUUCAUAUUUGUCUUGCUUCCUUCCGAUCAUGCUGCGUAAAGUAGGCUUGUGUGUGAUGUAGUAGGGAUGCAGAAGGUCUGCUAAUCAUGCACAGGGGCAGGCCUUCAGAUGGAGAAAAUGUGUUCCUUAAUCCAGCUACAUUAUGUGGGAAGUUUGAUUGCAGAAUGAAAGUAUUGCUGCUGCUUCUGAGCACAGGCUUUCAUGGAACCAACAUGAAGGUUUUUUUGGGAACAUUUUGAAAAAUGAACACAUGAAGUUGUAUCAAACUAUGUGCUUAAAAAAAAAAAAAAAGUUUAUUGCAUUCUGGGUUGUGUUGAGCAUAGAUCUACUGCCAUCUAUCAGGAAACAUUUCCCCACUUCCCAACAGAAAAAAACUUACAUGUGUCCAUGCCAGUUUCAGCAGAUCGGACGGCUGUGUGAUUGCCUCUUAUUGUAUGACAGUCCCUUUACUCCUUUUGUUUUUCUGGAGAGCAUGGAGGGGAAAUCUGAUUUCCUGUCAAAUCAGUUAAGAACUGUCAAAUGAUGAAGCUGCUUUUGUUCUUAACUGGAUGACUAUCAACCAUUCUGUUUGACUUGCAAUUUCUUCAGGCUCAGAGUGCAGAUAAAAAUGGCAAGGCACUGAUGAGGAAUGAAACAUAAGGUGUUAGAUACUAUUCUGGGGAACUGAAGAGUUAUCAUACUACACACUUACGUCAUUUGAAGGCUUCUCUUUGCUAGCUAAAUUUCCAAGUUGCUUUCAGUUUGCUUGUGUUGCCUUCUUGCAAAUUUACUGAAUUGGGUCUCAGAAGUUCCUUCAAAGAACAGAUCAAACUUUGAAUUGGAAACACAGCUGGGCUCAGGUGUUUUUGUAGAACAUGCUGUGAGAGGAGACGGUAAUGCGGUGAAUGGGACUUAAGACAUGAACAGAGAACCUUUUAUUUGCUAGAGGCUACAAGGGCUCUUCAAGCAUCUUUGAAUUACAAACACAUACCUUUACUUUAAUGUUGUUAUUAACCUGGUGAAAAAAGGCAAUGGAUUUUUGUCAUGUGGCAAUAGAAUUUGAAGGUCUUAAAUAACCGACCCUGAGAUUAUACAGGGGGAGAGAUGGAAAUUGUCUUGUUUUGCUGAAGAGAUCAAAAUAUCAAAAAAAGAAAAUGAUAUGGGAUCCAUUGCACAGAUUAUUUUCUCCAUUGAAAAGAUCUGGUAGUCUUGAUAGGAAAACCUGGAGCAAAUCUGUUGUUUAUCCUUAGCUGCUUCAGGUGCCAGUGUCAGAGCUUGGAAAAUGAGUGGUGUGUACGCUAUGCUAGGGAGAGGGUUGCUAAGCCUGUGGGAAGGAAACCCAUCAGCUGCCUCUCCCCCACACCAAGGUGUAUGAAUGGACCAGCGUGGGUCUAGAAGAUGAAAAGCUGUGUCAGGAUAGCGUUGAAAAUGAAGUGUCACUAGCCCUUGGAGCUUCCAGUGCAGAGCCCUGAAUCCAUCAGGCACUGAACCAGCUACAUGUACUGCUUUCUUUCCUAGCUAAUUAAAUGAGAGGUCCCAGUUACUGUAAGAUUAUCUGUGUAAGCUCAUGAGAUGCAAUAAAUCCUUUUUGAACGUGAAUGUAACAACAGGUA